AUGCCAACCUAUCCAAUCCGUCGCCGACCGCGCGAAUGCAAGACCUGUCUGCCAUGUCGAGCGAGCAAAGUCCGCUGCGAUCGCAACGUCCCGUGCGGCAAUUGUACCAAACGCAACUUCACCUGCUCCUACGGUCGUCCAACAUCCGCAAAGAUCCCCAUCCCUACAACCGCCAUUACUGCCUCCUCCACACCUUUACAAUCAACAUUUAUCUCUCCCACGAUCCCGUCAUAUGCCCACUCCGCACCCACCCGUGAUGGAUCAUAUCCCACCGAUCAUCCCUCGAGCACGAGCGCCGAUCCGGACUUAUCGGACAUAAUCGAUAUCUCACAAGCGGAGUGGGACGAAAUCAACACCAAGAUGGUCGCAAUGGAACAAAUACUUGGUAGUUUGCACUCCCUCUUCCAGUCGCAUUCCACGCGCAAGCCCUUGGAGUCUGAACACAAUGAGCGAAAAGCUUCUAUACGGUCGGAAGGUGUUUACGGAUCGAAUGUGUUGAAGACGGGCGCGGUCCACCUCGGCGCACGGUCGGCUCUGGUUGAUAUUUUGGAUAAAUCGAAGAGGUCGGAAGACACAGCGCAGGCGCUGCCUCAAGAGGAUCUUCUGGCGGAACUUGCAUUGGGCAACGAGUCUGCUGCGUAUCCUUUUGUUGAUUUAUGGUCCUCUGAUCCGUACACAUUCAACAUUGCCGGCGUGUGCGCGGUACUCCCGGAAGAUCAGAAAUGUUUGGAGUUUCUCGGGUUUUAUAAAAAUAUCGGUUCGGUUCUAUACCCAGUACUUUCGGAUAUUCCACGAUUAGAACGGCAGACAAGACGACUGCUUGAUAAUCGACGACGAGCAGGGGGCGUGUAUAAACCCGAUGCCAAUGGGUUAGUGAAGCCAUUCGGGAUGGAUCUAGCUUUUCUCAGUUUGCUCUUUGCGGUCCUUGCAUCAGGUUGCCAGCUCUCUGAUUUCCCGGAAAGCGACCGUGAGUUAACUUCGUGGGUAUACGUUUCCUGUGCGUAUCAAUGUCUGCGGAUGUUGAACUAUGUAUCGCAACCCACUGUAGAAGUAAUCCAAAUCCUUCUCAUCAUUAGCAAUGUACUUUCAUACAACAUGAAUGCAGGCGCAUCAUACACUUUGCUCGGCAUGACGGAACGAAUGUGUCUCGUCCUCGGACUUCAUGUUGAGUCGACAGGGUUCUCACUUGAAGAACAAGAGGUGCGACGGCGUGUCUGGUGGACAAUGGCCUUCCAGAACAGCCAUUUCUCGCUUGCCUAUGACCGACCGUCCAUCACCAUGGUCAGCCAACCCGAAAUUCCAUUCGAUCCCAAAUCGAUGCCCGGGCAUCGUUCAUACUUUGAAACCCUCUGUCGCAUUGUGUCUUUGGCAUUGGAAGUCCUGAGGUCACGCAUGUAUCCUGGAUCUUCUCAAUUACGGGUCCAUGAAAUUCGAGAAUACAAACAACAGAUUCAGCGCAUACUCACCGAAACAACUCCUCAUCUUCGGUAUCGAGAGCACUGCCAUACCCUCGCUGAGCAUAUCGAGCGAACGGAGCUGCGACUCCACUCUUCCUAUCUCCUCUCCGUCCUGUGUCGCGUUUCCCUAGACCCACACGCCCAUCUAGAUGACCAGCGUCGUGCGAUGAUCCGCGAAGAUUGCGUGCGUAGUCUGAUCAACACAGUCGAUGCCUUUGUUGAGCUGCACGAGAUCAACUCACACUGUUCGCGCUCCUGGAUCAGUCUGCAACGAAGCAUCGCGUCCGCAUUCCUACUUGUCGGAAACGACGACAGUCCUCAAACAUGGCAGCUGAUCGACAGACUCGAGACCGUCCUAGCAGACCACGUCUAUGCCGACGGCGACUCCGAGCAGAACAAUCGCACCGAUUCCGCCAAACACCUUUCUUCCUCUCUCCGCGCUCUGCGCGAUAUCCGUGAUGCCUUCAGCGCUCGCAGGGACGCUCUCUCCGCGCAAAGUUCGGCCGAGGCUUACUCCCCUCUUGUCCUGCCUUCUCCCUCUUUCCUUGGUCCCAGUUCCAGCAUGCCGUCACCGGCAAUCACUGGCCCUGGCCCGCAAUCCACGGAGGGACAGAGUAUGCGCAUGAUUCUGGACCGCGUGUCGGACGUGAUGUUAUUCCCCAUGAUGGGUGGGGAUAAGCCAGUAUCGUAA